UGACAUACCGUUGUUUAAACUUUUUUCCCUCUAAUUUUAACAAAAGAAAAAACGAAUAAAGAAUCACCGAAAAGAUUCGUCCAGAAUUAUUAUAAUAAUCCAUCGAAAAGUAGUCUCUAAACCCAAAUUCAAAAAAAACAAUCAGUGUAAAAAAAAAAAAAUCGCGCAAGGCACGCAGCAGGCAGUGCAGCACCCAACACGCGUUUCAUUUUUCUCUCAGACUCUUCUCUCUCUUCUCUCAACUGGUACACCGACGGGCGACGGAACCUGUUCGCCGCGACGACCGCCGACCGCUCGACCGCCGCCGUUCGCUGCGACGCUGCCAGUCCACAUCCUUAGGCUUCGCGACCCAAAAAUCAAUUUGAUUUUUCAUCAAAUUUUCUUCUCCAAAUUUGACGAGCAGAUAAGAAGAUUGAGAUAAAAGGAUUGCGAUUUUCGACGAGACUUUGAAUUUGGAUCUUUCAUAUUAUUGAAGCGAAUAUUGCAGUUUUGAAGCAUUACUGUUAUGAAGCCUGAUAGUUGUAAGACCAUCAGCAGAGAGGACAUCAACCGUGUAAAUGGUGAUGCAAGCUAUUCAUGUGCUGAUGAUGAACUUGAUCCCUGGACUGCUUGGGCUUACAAGCCUCGCACAAUUACUUUGUUAUUUAUUGGUGCUUGUUUCCUUAUCUGGGCUAGUGGAGCUCUUGAUCCUGAGAGAAGCAGAUCCGACGAUGUUGUUACUUCAGUCAAAAGGGGUGUAUGGGCAAUGAUUGCAGUGUUUCUUACUUACUGCUUGUUACAAGCACCUUCAACGGUCCUUAUACGACCACACCCUGCAAUUUGGCGCCUAGUUCAUGGAAUGGCUGUUAUCUACCUUGUUGCCUUGACAUUUUUGCUUUUUCAGAGGCGUGAUGAUGCUCGCCAGUUCAUGAAAUAUCUUCAUCCCGAUCUAGGUGUUGAACUUCCUGAAAGAUCAUAUGGUGCGGAUUGCCGAAUAUAUGUUCCUGAAGACCCCACGAACAGGUUUAAAAACGUUUAUGAAACAAUAUUUGACGAAUUUUUCCUAGCACAUAUUCUUGGAUGGUGGGGCAAGGCAAUUAUGAUUCGGAAUCAGCCCCUGCUCUGGGUAUUAUCUAUUGGUUUUGAAUUGAUGGAGCUAACCUUCCGUCAUAUGCUACCAAACUUCAAUGAGUGUUGGUGGGACAGCAUCAUUCUGGACAUCCUGCUCUGCAAUUGGUUUGGUAUUUGGACUGGUAUGCGUACUGUGAGAUAUUUUGAUGGGAAGACAUAUGAGUGGGUAGGAAUAAGCCGUCAGCCAAAUAUCAUGGGCAAGGUUAAACGCACUUUGGGUCAAUUUACACCUGCACGAUGGGAUAAAGAUGAGUGGCAUCCGCUGCUUGGUCCAUGGCGUUUUGUUCAAGUUCUCUUUCUUUGCAUUGUGUUUUUGACUGUGGAGUUGAACACAUUUUUUCUCAAGUUCUGUCUUUGGAUUCCUCCUCGCAAUCCUGUUAUCGUUUACAGGUUAAUUUUAUGGUGGCUUAUUGCCAUUCCAACUAUUCGAGAAUACAAUUCCUAUCUACAGGACAGGAAAGUAAUAAAAAAGGUGGGGGCGCUAUGUUGGCUUGCCUUGGCUAUCUGUAUAGUGGAGCUACUCAUUUGUAUCAAGUUUGGAAAUGGAUUAUAUCCAUAUUCGAUGCCUACGUGGUUGGUGAUUUUUUGGACGGGGUUUUGGGUCGGACUUGUGAUCUUUUUGUUGAUAUGGACUUGGAAAUUGUAUAAAUAUUCAGAGAAGAAGAGACGAUGAAUAACAUCACCUGAACAUUUUUAUGAUGGUUCAUGUCUGAUGUCUUUGCCCUCGUACACCUAUAGUUGUUUGAAUGUAAAUACCUUUUCUUUUUCCUGCAAUUGUAAAUGUUCAUUGAUUUAAUGCUAGAAUGACAGUUUUCCUUUUGGGAAUUUUUAUGUUUUGAAGAGUUUUAGGUGAAUUUCCCCCCCUCCAAUUUAGGCUGUGGAUAUGCUAUUCCAGACUAUAUCUUGAUAAACUAGGAUUUCAUGAAGGAUAGCUAUUGUAUUCUUUCAUUUUUCGGCAGCGUUGUAUUUAACAGAGCUUUUUGUCUAAA